CUUUGUAAUGCAAAUACAGUAACAGAAGGGGGGGGGGGAAGCUGAGUUGAAAAAAGCCAUGGAUCCAAAUGAUGAAUCUAAUGGAUCUUCUUUCUGCAGGGAUGAAAAAGUGAAGGCCAUGGAACUUUUGGAAGAGAGCUGGUUCUUUGAGAACUUGUUUAUCACAAGAAGACCAAGGAUCCCAAGGUGCAACUCUGAUCCAUGUUAUUCCUCAGGCCUUGUGAGCGAACCUGUGUUGCUGAAGGGAAAGGAGUCUGAUGAAGCAGCCAACAAUUCAUCAGCAAGUGAAGUGACAGAAGGAAAAAAAUUUCAGAAAGCAAACAGUUUUGGCGGAAGCAGACUGUUGCACCAAUCAUCAGAUCCUUUGGUGCUUGAAGCAGCUAUCAAAGCUCACAGCAGAGAGAUGAAAGAAGUUAAUAAGAGUGAGGGUAAUGGAAAGAGAAGCAAACUUCUUAGAACACCGUCUUUGCCUCCUUCUGUUGGUAGAGAAGAGAAGUUUCAAGUAUGUGAUCCCAGACCUGGCAAACAAACCUCAAAGAGUUACAGCAUUCCAAGAAGUCGACCAGGGAGAAGCACAGAGGGUGAAAGCAGCUUCAGCACAGAAGGGAUAAAAGAGAUGAGAAGAAGGUACUUGAAGCAGAGGACGAUGAGGAAGAGCCUGAGCGAUCUAGAAUUUGAAGAAGUUCAGGGGUUUAAGGACCUGGGAUUCUCGUUUGAGAAAGAAACAAUAAGCCCAAGCGUAGCCAGCAUUAUUCCAGGCUUGCAAGAGAAAAACAGAGAAGAAACAGAGAAAGACAAGUCUGUGAGAAGACCAUACCUAUCAGAGGCAUGGCUGGUCCAGAGCUGUGUUCCUCCUCAUCCUCCUCCUCCAAUCCCAACUUGCACUUCAAAUAAGUCUUCCAAGGACAUGAAGCAGCAUAUCAAGUUUUGGGCUAGAGCUGUGGCCUCUAAUGUUCGUCAAGAAUGCUAAACUUAAUAUUCAUUAUUGACACAACAAGAAAGAAAGAAAGAAGGAAACUCCACUAAUCUGUUCUUUUGUUUUUUGUGUUAUUCAUGAUUUGAUGUCAUGUCUUGGAGUUCUGGUUAUUUCCAUAAGCAUUACCCAAAAACAAUAACAUUGAAUGAGACUUUGCACCUAUGUACCAUAGUGUGGGAAGGAAAAACGGGAAUUGCUUCGAUCUGCAACGAGAACAAGUUUUUUUUUGGGACUAUAUAAUUGUCAUUUCUUUGUC